AUGGCUCUCGUGCAGAGGCUCCUACACCUCACCAACUUCUCAUCCCCGUUCCUCCGAACAGUGGUGCCAUCCGUGUCAGCCGCAUUCGCGAUACAGGCUGCAUUCGCCGUCCCCUCCAUAGUGGCCCAGACGGAGCGCUUCUAUGACCUCUCAGGCGCCCUCACCAACAUCAACAUCGUCGCGCUGAGCCUGUACCUGCCGGCCCUAAGGGCCAAGUACGCCGCAGGGGCCGCGGCGGCCGCGGGCAAGGCGCUCCCAAGCCUGCUCACCCCCUUCACGAACCCGGCCGCCGCGGGCCUGAACUGGAGGCAAGUCGCGCUCACUGGCUUCGUGACACUCUGGGCAGCCCGACUGGGAACAUACCUGUUCCAGCGCGUUCUCCGCGAUGGCCACGACUCGCGCUUCGAAGAGAUCAAGAAGUCCACGCCCAAGUUCUUCGUCGCCUGGAUGGCCCAGGCCACCUGGUGCUCCCUGAUCUGCCUGCCCGUCAUCGCGCUCAACGCCGUCCCCGCCUCCGCGUUCGCGGCUAUUCCCGGCGUGAGGAUCAUUGAUUUGCUCGGGGUCGCACUGUGGGUCGGGGGCAUCACGUUUGAGGCCACCGCCGACAAGCAGAAGUCGCAAUGGCUGAAGGAGAAGCGCGAGAAGAAGCACCAUGAGGACUUCAUGACCCGGGGCCUCUGGCAGCGGAGUCAAUAUCCCAACUACUUCGGCGAGUCGACCCUCUGGACCGGUAUUGCGACCACCGCGGCGGGUGUUCUCGCCAGCCAGCCCAUCCAGGCGGCCAUUGGGUUCAGCGGAGGUGCGGGUGGUAUCCUUGGUGCCCUGUCUCUGGCCUAUAUCAGCCCGUUGUUCACGACUUUCCUGGUGACCAAAGUGAGCGGCAUUCCCAUGUCGGAGUCUAAGUACGACAAGCGGUACGGCGAUCGCAAGGAUUAUCAGCAGUGGAAGCAGAACACCCCAAAGUUCUUCCCCAAGCUCUUCUGA